CCUUCUUUUGCUCUCAUUGUCCUUGUUGUCUUUUACGGGGCUAUCUUCCUAGUUAGUGGGGUCUCUAGCUUCUGCUUAUUAUUCAUACCAUGGAUCCUAAUCAUGUUGAUGGUUUGGGAGAGAAAUUGAACGACUCCAAUUACUCUCUUUGGGCAUUUAAAUUUAGCACGUUUGCUGAAGGUAAAGGUUUACUUGAAAUUUUGGAUGACACUACUGCUCGGCCGCCUUCUCCUCUUGCUAGUGCUGCUGAAGUUGCUACUUGGCGUAGUAAUAAUGCUAGACUCAAGAGCCGUAUCCUUCGUUCAGUUGAUCCCACGAUUUCCCUCACCCUCAGGUCGUUUCCUACUGCUGCUGAAAUGUGGACUCACUUACGUGAUUCCUACACGCUGGUUCAUCCCUCUCGUCAAUUCGAGGUGGAGUUUCAACUCUCGCUACUUUCUCAGGGCGAUAAAUUAAUUGCAGCCUAUUAUCGCCUGGCCACUAAUUUGUGGAUCGAGUCUGAUUUGAUCACUGCAUCGGCCCUCACCCAGCCCCUUUCCUCUGAGGUUCGUCAAGUGCAGAGGAAGGACCGGUUAAUGCAGUUUCUUUCGAAGUUGCGCCCUGAGUAUGAAACCAUUUCGACUACUCUUCUUAGCCAGAAUAUUACUACUGUUGAAGCCUCUCUUCCCGAGCUUCAGCGGGAGGAACGUCGUCUGUCUACUCAGGCACAGGUUGAUAGCCAGCUUCAUGACACUAAUGCUGCCUUUGCUGCUUCCUCUUCUUAUCGUCGCAGUGCAGCUCCGCCUUCUGGUAGUGGGGGUCGUGUUGCUCCUCCUCCCCAGUCCGCGCCAUCCACUCUGCGUUCUCAGUUUGCCUCCUCGUCAACGGGUGAUGUGCAAUGUCAUUAUUGUUAGGAUCCUGGCCAUAUUCAACCCCAUUGUCGUGUUCGCAAUCUAUGUACGUACUGCAAACGUAUGGAACACAUCAUCCUGGACUGCCCUCAUCUCCGGAACCGCCCGCCUCGUCCUGCUCCCACGCCUGGUAAUGCUUUUGGUGUUGCUCCUAACACUCGUCCUGACCCACAACCUGCUCCUCCCGCUCUGCUUCCUCCCCAUCUUCCUGGCAUCACUAAUGAAAACCUAGAUGCUUUACUUCAGCAAGCUCUUCAAUGCGUACUUCCCACGGCCUUGAAUGUUGCGUUUACUGCUGCUCCCAAUACAGGUACCUCCAAAUGGCUUUUGGAUUCUGCUGCAUUAAAUCACAUGACUCACCUAAAUUCCUUGUUUCCUCACUUACAUCCUGUUAAGCAUGUGUCUCUUCAAGUUGCUGAUGGUACUCAUAUCUCAGUUGAUGGUGUGGGUACACUUCGUGACUCUCCUAUAGCACUUGAUAAUACCCUCUAUGUCCCACAGUUGGUUCCCAACUUGGUUAGUGUUGGUCAGUUGGCAGACCAGGGUUAUCAUAUUCUAUUUGAUCUACAGGGGUGUAUUGUGCAAGACCCACGGAUGAGGAAGACGAUGGACCGCGGGAGUAAGCAAGGUAGACUCUAUUAGCUUGAUCAUUUGAUCCCUCAGGUUGGUGCCUCUCUCACUGGAUCGGCGUCUGGCCAGCAUGCGUGGAUGGGGUCACCCGGAGGUUUUGGGGAUCAUGUGUUGGGUUCUUCUUUUCCUGCUACUUGUUCAAUUAAUUUUUGGGAUUUGUGGCAUUGUCGGUUGGGCCACCCUCAUACUUUGCGGUUACGUGAGAUGUUUAAGAAUAAUUUACUUCCUGAUAAGUUGGAUACUUCUUUGAUUCCCUCCUCUCGCUGUCUUAGUUGUGUUGUGGCAAAAAUGGCUCAAUUACCGUUUGAUGCUAGUACUAGUGAGAUUAAUGAGCCAUUUCAGCUGGUUCAUAGUGAUUUGUGGGGUCCCUCUCCUGUGACUCCGCGGUUGGGUUAUCGCAUUUCGCUCUAUUCAUCGAUUAGGCCACCCGUUACACAUGAGUAUAUUUUCUUUGUCCCAAGUCUGAAUUGGCUGCCAUUGCUCAGGAUUUUAUCCGUAUGAUUCAAACACAAUUCUCUAAAACAGUUAAGGUUCUCCGUUCUGAUCCUGGGGGAAUUCAAUUCUUCUCCUCUUCAUGCGUUCUUUAGGAACGAAGGUAUUCCAUCUCAGCAGUCUUGUCCUGGCGUUCAUCAGUAAAACGGGGUAGUGGAGCGCAAGAACCGCCAUGUUUUGGAACUUGCUAGAGCUAUUCUUCUCCACUCCCGCGUACCACCUCAUUUUUGGGUCAAGGCUAUCAUACAGUCUUUCAUGUUAUUAAUCAUCAUAUCACCUUGAUUUUGAAGAAUCAGUCUCCAUAUUACUCGCUAUACUCAAAACAACCGGACUAUUCUCAACUCCGUGUGUUUGGCUGCCUUUGCCUCGUCCUGCUGGCUCCUCGAGAACGCCAUAAGCUUAGUUCCAUGACUUCCAAGUGUUUCUUUGUUGGCUACAUCGACCGCCAUAAAGGUUUUCUUUGCUAUGAUCCAACUCACCGCCGUCUCAGGAUCUCUCGGGAUGUUAUAUUUUUUGAACAUGUUACGUAUCAUGAUGGUGCAUCUUCCACGACGCGGGAAGACUCUUUUGACUUCCUCAUUCAGCACCUUCCAGAGAUGAUGGACGAUGAUGAUGAUCCUUAUAUUAUAGACCAUACUCCCCAAGGUGACUCCCCACCUCCUUUACCUCCUUCUUCACCACUCGCCGACCCAUAUCCUGUUGUUCUUCGUUGUUCUCAAUGCGCCACUCGUGGGCAACCCCCUCUGUAUCUCUCGCAUAAUUAUGUCACCUAUGCUACUGCUCCCAUCGAAGUUCCACGUCAUUAUCGUCAAGCGAAGGGGAACCCGUUAUGAGAUGCGGCCAUGCAGGAGGAGAUUGGGGCUUUAGAGGCCCAACACACGUGGGACAUAGUCCCCCGCCCUCCUUUGUCUGUUCCGGUCAUCGGAUCCCGAUGGGUCUAUGCCAUCAAAAUUCUUCCCGAUGGUACUUUGGAGAGAUAUAGGGCUCGUGUCGUUGCCCAAGGUUUUAGCUAGGACUUCGAUGUUGACUAUGAUGAGACCUUUGCUCUGGUCGUUCGUAUGCAGACUGUUCGUAGCAUUCUUGCCAUUGCUUCGUUGCGUAAUUGACCACUACGACAAUUGGAUGUUAAGAAUGCCUUCUUACCUGGCGAUCUGAAAGAAACUGUGUAUAUGGAACGCCCUCCUCAUUAUCUUAAGGGUGAUUCUUCUAUGGUAUGUCUCCUACACCGCUCAUUGUACGAUCUCAAACAAGCUCCCCGAGCUUGGUUUGAGAAAUUCCAUCAUACAGUCCGUCAAAAAGGUUUCAGUCAGAGUACAAGUGAUCCAUCUCUUUUCCUUCAUCGGACUAUUCAUGGAAUUGUUCUUCUUCUUCUUAUAUAUGUGGAUGACAUGAUCUUCACGGGUAGCGACGUUGAUGGGAUUCGGGAGCUUACUGAUGCGCUCAAUUCUGCUUUUCAUAUCAAGGAUCUUGGCGAUUGCAUUAUUUUUUGGGGUUGGAGGUUCAGCGAAAUGAUAAUGGUAUCUUUCUCACUCAGCGCAAGUAUACUGGAGACUUAUUACAGCAGGCUCAAUUCAAUGAACGUCUUUCGAGCUCCACUCCCAUGGAACAGAACUUAAGGCUUAGUCGAGAAGAUGGUGAUCCUCUCCCUAAUGGUACUCAACGUUGUUCAUCGAAUCCUCCGCUAUCUGCAGGCUACUAGUGAUGUUGGACUUUUUCUUCCUUCGCGUGGUGAGCCAGUUUUGGAGGCAUAUGCGGACGCUGACUUUGCAGGAUGUAUUGACACUAAAUGCUCUACAUCUGGAUGGUGCGUCAAAAUUGGCAGUGCUUUUAUCUCUUGGGGUUGUCGCAAACAGGACAAGGUCUCAAAGUAAUCUACGGAAGCGGAAUAUAGAUCGAUGUCUGAGGUUAGUUCUGAGCUCAUAUGGCUUAGGCGAUUAUUUGAAGAUAUUGGUUUUCCUAUAUCCCUACCUAUGCGCCUUUAUGGUGAUAAUACUAGCGCUAUUUAGAUAGCGAAUAAUCCAGUUUUGCAUGACCGAACAAAACACAUCGAGGUCUAUGUCCACUACAUCCGGGAACUUGUUGCUGAUGGAUGUUUGAAGCUCUCCUACAUUACUUCUGAGGACCAGACUGCAGAUGUCUUCACGAAGGUUGUGUCCUCCUCUCGACAUUGGUUUCUUUCUGGCAAAUUGAUGCUGCGUACCGCUCAUUGAUUUGGGGGAGGCUGUUAAUGUACCUAAUGAGGGAUAUAUAUGUAAAUAUAUUUAGUGUAGGAGAUCUAGGGUUAGCCGACAUAUGAGGCUAUAUAAAUGAGGGUUCGGCCAUGUAAUUAUGUUCGGUUUUAUUGGUGAUAGUAUUAUUAAUGGAGAGUUGCCGCUCUCCGUGGAGUAGUCCUGUUCACAAUGAAUAGGGAAACCACGUAAUCUUGUGCGUUGUGUUCUUUACAUGAUUUCCGCGGUUUGAUUGACAAUAAUGUCUAAGUUGUGAUUUAAUUAAAUUUGGGGUAUUAAAUUGUAAUAUUUUAUGCAAUAGUAAACUCACUUUAGCUUUAUAUAUAUAUAUAUAUGGAUACGACUCGUAUGCUCCUGACACAUACGAUGCUCCAAGCCUUUGCACCGUUGAUCUAAUUUAACGGUCAUCAUAAAUGAUGAUAAAAUUAUUUAUUAAUUAUAAUUAUAAUUACUAAUUCCAUCCAUUAAAUAUUUAUAUGCACACUUUAGUCCCCCAACAAUUUUGGCAGUCGUAUUUUGCAUUAUAGUACCUUGAUUUUGUUAGCCAUACUUAUCGACACCCAAAUUUAUUUAGUCGGUAAAUUUUUUUCUCCAUCAAAAUUUGAUUCAUUAUAUUACUUGCUCAAUAUCAAGGUAUGACACCAACUUCCUCCAAAUCCACCAUCACCUCAUACGUCAAAACCCAGAAAACAUACUUCCCUUAGAGCAUCUCUAUCAACAGAAAAAAGAAAAAAAAAUCCAUGUUCGAGAUCCACCUUCGGCUUCAUCUAGAGUGUCCUGGAGAUUGGGUUAUUUCUUGCUCAAACAAACCUUGAAAUCCUUUGAUUCCCAUUCGUCAAUCAUCAUCAAACAUCCCGAUUACUUAUCCCGAGUCACUCUGACUUUCCUUCUCUUGUGCCCAGUUGUGGUUUGGGCGAUUUCCUUCUCUUGAAAAGAAUCAGAUUUUUCCUUACAAAUCAAUCCAUUGUCCUAACCCCUUAACAUUCAAUUUUGAAUUCCAACCCAAAAUCCCAAAUUGUAAAACUAAACCCUAAAUCCUAAAUCCUUCGAAUUAAAGUAAAUUUUGAAUGAUUUUUUUCAAAUUCAUGUGCUUCUUGUUCAUAAUAUCAUAAGCAACAAUUGAUACCGUUUUGACAUGAAUCACAUGGUCAGAAUGACAAUUAUGAGGCGGGUGCACUUGGGUGCUCAAAAUACGGCACUAUAUAUAUAUAUAUGAAUGUUUCGGAAUUUUUGUGGUGGUGUCAGAUUGCAUGGACACCGUUACCGAAAGCAAUUAACAUCGUUACUAUUUGUGAAUUGUAACGAGUCCAAAAGUUUAAUAUGUGCAAAUAUUAUGUUGAAACUAACCCUAAAUGUAUUUGAAGAAGCCUAAUGCACGUGCAUUUCGUUGGAGGGUUGGAACUUGUCGAGAUUGAAGUGAAAUACAUAUUUGUAGGAGUGGGCAAUGGAUUGGUUCAUAUUGGAUUAUACUGGAUCGAAUCGAUGUUUGGACCAAACCACACCAAAUCAAAUAUAGUAUGAUCUGAUCCUUGAUCCCAUAUGAUUUUUAUAAAUACUAAAGAAAAAUGGACCUAAUUGACAUUUGGAUCAGACCAAAGCGAACCGAAUGCACUAUUGAUCCGGUCAUUAAUCCUAAAAUAAUUUUUUUACUAUUGGACCACUAUUCUCUUGAGUUUGUCUAGAAGUAGAGUGUGCUACCAACUGAGGUUCCUUUUUGUGGCUUGGUCAAAAGACAAAUUCACUGCUUGUAUGACUGUGAUUGAAUCUGUCGGUUGUGGCAGUUUAGUCUCGAUCAUUAUGUUAAUUAGCUGGUACUAGGUAAAUCUUGGGUGGAUUGGGUAUAAAACAGAUCUUCUAUAUUUGUUCUAUGGAAAUAAAUCAUAGAUUCAGAGCAAUUAUCUGAUUCUUUUGUAAGGAAAAAGGUUACCAUCUCUUCAAUAACAAGAGAAUGGAAGAGCAGGAAAUAAUCCCAGGAGCCCUCACCUGGUAAUACAACUAUCUUGAGGUCAAAAAAGACAUAAAUCAAAUAAGGAGAUCCCAACACAGAGCUAUAUUGAUUCAUUUUUUUUUAUAACUAUAUUUGCUCAGAUUACAUGAAUAUUCAAUCGAAUUCAAAUUGAUUUAGUAUGGGAAAAUUCAUUCGAUAUUUUACUUUUGUGUGGUAUUUUCCUGAUUUUAACAAAAAGGAUAUUGAGUUUGGUAUGGUUUUGAUAUAAGUAUAUGUACUGAACCAAUCCGAAUACGUGCUAUAAUUAUGGUUGAUAUUCAUUCGCUUCAAUACUUCAACCAUUCAUAUCGCUCAAGUAUUAUAAUUAUAUGUUAGAUCAAAUUCUUGCUCAUUUUUUCUUACUUUUGUAAACAACUUUUUAUUAAACAGUAAAACUAUUAUUGAAUAAGAAAACUUUCAUAUCAUAUAAAAAACUUUAUAUAUGAUUAUCUGAGUAUGGUGCAUAUGAGUUUCUAGAAUACGAAUAAAUUUUGAUAUGUCAUAUUAUAUGUCAAUUUAAUUUUAUUUACAUCAAUAGUAGUUUCAGUUUAAAAACCGAAAUUUCAAAAUAUAUAGGAAAUUGAUCCCACAUCAAUCCCCUGACAUCAUCCUACGUAGGGAUGUUCAAACGGUGUGUUUUCUGUGGCAACCAUUUUAAUAGGUAGUAUUUGGAUAAUUUGAUUUGGUUAAUUUGGAUAACGAUUUGGUUUGGUUAAUUUUUUUAGCUUGUUUGGUUUAAGUGGUUUGGUUUGGUUUCAGACAACACUAACCAAUCAAACCAAAUUAACCAGUUAAGUAAUUAGUCACAUAUCUAAUAAAUAUUAUAUACACAUACUUAAUACUUUGCAUAACUACUCUUACAGUCAAACUUACCUCCCUCUUAGACUUAUAUAAAAUAAAGCCCAACAUCGUUUCUAUAUAGGUAGACCGCAACAUAUAGACGCUUAAUUUAGAUAAAAUUCAUGCAUUAUGGUGGAUGAAAACUUGAAAGUUUGGUAUUUUUAGCCUAAGAUACCUAAGAUAAUUGGUGUGAGACCAAGUCAAUGUAACCCCGUACCAUUGACAUAUAUUUUUGUUACAUGAAUACUUCUAUUGACUGUAAUAUAAUUGUAUUGGUUACAUGUAUUUAUGUUAAGAGUUAACCAUAACUAUGUAUUGAUUGUUAUGUUUUAUUCAUUAUACAAAUUGUGAAUUGAUGCAUUAAUCGUAGAUUUUUCUCACUUAAUGAUAAUCUGAUGUUAUAUUGGUUAAUCUAGUUAACGAAUUAACCAAACUUAUUGAACUUUAGUUUGGUUAAUUUGAUAUUGUAUUAGUUUGUUCGGUUUGAUUAUGAUAUCGUAUUCCACGAUUAAUAGAAUUUAGCAUUAUUUGGUUUGAUAAUUACAUUGGUGACCAUUUGAACAUUUCUAAUCCUACGGGCUACGAGCUUAUCAGGUGAUUUUCUAGGACUGCAAAAAUGUCAUAAGUAUGAGGAGCCAAAUUUGGGCCUUCAAAUAAGUGCACGAACUAGGCCUGAGAUCCAUGAGAAGGAUCUCUCCCACUUUCAUAGGCCGAGUGAAAAAUAACGGGUAAAUUGCAAGUUUGGUCACUUAAAUUACUAUGAAGUUGCAUGUUUGUCACUAAAAUUAGUUUAUUUCAUUCAUGAUCACUAAAAUUAGUUCAACGGUUUAAGUUUGGUCACUCUCCAUUAGUCUUCAUUAGUAUCUGUUAACUUUAUUUGAUUUGGCAGUAAACUUUUAGAGUUAAUCGUUAAAUAGGUGGCGUGGAAAUUAAAAAUAUAGUAAAAAUAAAAUUUAAUCUCUAAAAUUUCCACCUCACUUACUAUUAAAAAAUAAAAAUAUUUUUUAUUCCCUAAAGCCCACGAUCGCCUUUCAGGUCAAUAACCUAGUCCCUCUCCCCUUCGGCCCCAAAAAUCACUCGACGAAAGUCCGAACCGGAGGUUGCUAGCUUCUGCCUUGGGGACUUGUUGCCGGUGGCCUUACUCACCGUUGUUGUGACACGUUCGCGACGACUGUCAGUUUCUUCACAGCUGGAGUUACAUAGAGGGGUUCUUUGUCUCCGAAUCUCGAGUUGGGGAGAGGAAGGGACCCACCGAGAGAGAUGCGGCAGCGAUUACAGUUCUCAAUCUAGAAAGUUUGGAAGAGAUGGCGAUGAAUUGGCGGUGGAAUGAUUUGGUGAUUUAUGGGUUUUGGGAUUCUCGGUCUAAAUUCGGGAAGAGAUGGCGAUGAUUCAACGAGUAGGGUUCUCCAGUCUCUCCUCCCCUCUGUCACUCCCUUCAAUUGAAUCGAACGCAAAGAGGUUGUGAUGCAUUUGCACGGUUAGGUUCGCAACGGGGUAGUGUCGGUUUAUUUAUUAUUAUAUCUAUUUGGAUAUUUUCUCUGUUUAUUUGUUUAUUAUCAUAUUAGUAUUCGGAUUAUUCUAGUUUAGGAAGUAAAUCGUUUAGGAGUUGGACUCGGUUUAGGUUACCAUGUUUGAGGGGAGAGGGUUUAUGGGAUGCGUCCUAUAUUUAUCGAGAUCGGUCGAACGAUGAGGCCGGGAAGCAGGGAGUAGCUGACCGGGCUGAGCCGAGCAAGUCGAACCGGGAAGCUGGGGGCCCGGGACGAUCGGAGGUGAGAGGAGAAGUUGCGGCGGCUCUGUUCAAAGGUCGGACUGCUACUAUCGAGUUCCCACGCUUCACUGUUCAUGAAGAUCCAUCCGACUGGAUGUCAAGGGCGGAGAAGUAUUUCAAGUACCAGGGAAUUUCUGAUGAACAGAAGGUGGCUUUGGCUUCUUUCCACCUAGAAGGAGAUGCCAACCAAUGGGUUAUGUGGCUGGAAGAGGAGUUCGAACAAAGUGGUAAGGAAAUGUGGUGGGAGGAUUUCCGUGAGGAGUUCAGAAAAAGGUAUGGAGCCUCGUAGAAAGCUUCAGGGCAUGAGGCGCUGGUGAAUAUUAGGCCGACGGGGACCGUGGAAGAUUACCAGCAGACGUUUGAGAAACUGCUCAAUCGCUGCCGUGGUGGGGGAAGGAAGUGAUCAUGGGCACCUAUAAGGGAGGACUGAAACCUGAAAUCUCAGCCUACAUCCGCGCAUUUAAUCCACAAAAUACUGGCGACACGUAUCGAUUGGCUAAGAUACGGGAAGAAGAGAUACGGGUAGAGAAAGCUGCGAUGGGAGCUACCUCACGCGGGACCCCAGCGGCGCCAAGGGUGUGAACCGGAAACUCCCAGCCGACAGCUGCUGUCGUGGCCGCGCCAGGUACUCCACCAAUGGCCGAGCGAGGACCACCACACCCGCUCUCCAAGUCAUACUAUACGCAACUUGACACCAGAAGAGGUUGCAAGGCGUAGGAGGGAUGGGCUCUCCUACAACUAUGAUGAACGAUUCAUCUAUGGUCAUCGUUGUGCUAAUAACCAUGUGUUCGUCAUGAUCGGGGAUUUCGGGACUGAACCAAGUGGGAAGGGUGGAGCCGAGCUGCAGCCUCGGGAUGAGGCUUUCGAAAGGGGGGAGGAUUGAUGCAUUUGCGCGGUUAGAGCCGCGCCGGGGUAGUGUCGGUUUAUUUAUUAUUAUACCUAUUUGGAUAUUUUCUCGGUUUAUUCAUUUAUUAUCAUAUUAGUAUUCGGAUUAUUCUUGUUUAGGAAGUAAAUUGUUUAGGAGCUGGACUCGGUUUGGGUUACCAUGUUUGAGGGGGAGAGGGUUUAUGGGAUGCGUCCUAUAAAUAUGUACUUAACCCUUACGUUUAAUUUAUUGAAGAAGAAUAAACCCUAGUAUUUUCAGUUUUCUUUAGUUUUCGUAUUUGAAGUUCCCGACGCGUGAGGUUGUCACACGUCAGAUUGUGAGUUCCGUUUGGCGGUUGCUCCUCUGGCUUCCCCACCAAAUUCAUAAAGCUUGCACCAUUACCCUCUCCGUCGUCCAAGACUAAGAGACCCAGCAACCAAUCCAAGGCGAGGUCGACUACAACGUGGUCGACAAGAUCAUCGGAAGCAGAGCUCUCGUUGGCAACACUGAGAUGGAGUACUUAAUCCAAAGGAAAGACGGCCACGAACCCUCCUGGCUCCUCUACGACAGCAGAAAGACCCCAUCAUCAGAGCCCCAAUCGUCGAAAUUUCAGGGGGAAACAGAGAGUAUAUCGUAAUUUGGUUCUCGAACACGACGAUGUCAUCGUUGUUGGCGCGGAGCUUCGAGAAGAGGCUUAACGAAUUUGUGGUCAUUGAGAGGCAGCUCACGGUGUCGGCGAUCUCGAGGGAAGUUGAAGACGAUGGUUGGAUGGGAGAAGAUUGGGGAUUGGAGUGGGGUUGAGGACGGUGGUUGCUUUUUAAUUUUGGUUAUUAUUGGAAGAUAGGAAAUCAAAAAAUAAAUAAAACAAAAAAAUCAUUGUAAUUAGAAAUUUUUGUUUAUUAAAUCAUUGCAAUUUAUUGUGAUAAUGAGGUGGAUUUUUUAAAUAUUUUAUUUUUUUAAUUGCCGUCACUUAUUUAAUGGUCAACCUUCAGAAUUGACUGCCACAUCAUAUAAAGUCAAUGGAGACUGACUAAACUUGAACGGUUGAAUUAAUUUUAGUCACCAUGAAUGAAAUAAACUAAUUUUAAUAGCAAAAAUGAAACUUCCAACUUACCCGAAAAACAACAGACCAAACAUCCGCAGAAAUUGCCUUCGGAAUUAUAAAUUUGUCCAAGUAAUUUCCCUCUAGACGGUUGGCUUCUAUACUAUUCUAUGAUGUCUCUUCAGAAACAUCAGAUAAAAUUGGUACGAUUGUGAUAUAUAGGUUUAUUUUUCUUGUGAGUUGCUUAAAGGGAUCUACAUAUGGGAUUUGAAGUUAAAAGACUAGCGAUAGAACCAAUGUUGUCAAAACUGAACCGGUAUAUGAACCGGUAAAGUAAAUGGUUCACACUUUGUUGGUUUAACCAGUAUUAAGCCGCUAUAAACUACUUAACGAACCGGUGUCUAAUAAAUAAGAUUAUUAUAAGUAGAAACCAUUAAUAGUAUUAUAAUCAUAUAUUGAUUCUAAUAUAUUCCUAAUAAAAAAUUAUAUAUCGCAAGUAAAGAUUAUUAUUUUACAAAAAUAUAAAUUAUUUAAGUAUAGUAUUUGUGAUUUUUCAAAAGUGAAAACCCUAUUUAAUGAUUUUUUUUAAAAAUUAAACACUGUGUGAUGAAUUAAUAAAUAGACUUUAAAGCUUUUGUUUCACAAAUUCGUGCCAGCCUGAUUGGAAAAAGACCUAGUUUUACACUAUGAGGUGCUAGGUUCAAUUCCAAACCUUCUCACAUUUCUCUAGAUUCUUAUCCUCUACGAAUCUAGUCAGGUGGGAUUUUGACGGUAAAACCCCAUGAGUGGUUCGAACGGCUCGUCCGAUUAACUGGGUGGUUCGCGCGCAAAGCCACAGUUAAACCGUGGCGGCUAAAUAGCCUAACCGGGCCGAAUUGGAGGCCGGGUGCCGGCUAUAUCUGUCGAACUGACCGCUUCGAUUCGCUUUAACAACACUAGAUAGAACUACUAAUGAGUUUGGUAGACAGUAAUAUACAAGGUUCACUUCCCUUCUAUUACCGAUGUGGUACUUGGAUUGUUCCAUAACAAUCCUCCCCUUAAGACAAUGACCAUGAACUUAAUGACCUCUCCUCGGGAGUUAUUUUGGUCUGCCGGACACCUUGUAUCGAUGGGCUUCUCGGUACAAGAAUUUUUCCAUAUGCAUAUCUCCAGAUCUCAAAUACUGAGGUCACCGAAUGAGGGUCCCACCAAACUAAUGUUCACUGCCCCGAACUGAACCAUACUCUAAUACCACUUGUCGAAACCGAGUCGCUCAUUAGUACGAUAUUGUCCUUUUUGAGCCAAGCCAACACGGUUUUACUUUUGGAUUCCUUACCAAAAGGACUCGUGCUAAUGGGCUUGGUGGACACUAAUAUACAAGAUUCUCUUCCAUUUUAUUAUCGAUGUGGUAUUUGAAUUGUUGCAUAAUAAAUUUUAUUUUAUUUUUAUUUCCCCAAUGGCGGCGAUAGGAAAUAACCUAGUGGACUUAACUAGACUAAGUCCCGGCCCGUUGGUCGGAUACAUAUUAUUAAUGGGUAUAAUCAUUAAUAACAAUGGUACAAUGUAAAAUAUGUAAAUUUAUUAAAUAUCAUAAGAGAAUAGAAUUACUUUAUUAUUAAAUUUUUUGAAAAGAAGUAUAUGCUAUAGAGUUUUCCGACAUCCUAACUAACUCAUCGAUUAAGUCCGUACAGAAAUUAAAAAAAAAACUCAUGCAAUGAAGUUCUUACGAAAAGAAAAAGAAAAAAUCAUUGAUGAAGUCUUACUUAAUCAAACUACACUUCGUUGGAAAUUACUUCAUAUUUGACACAUUCUUUGUGAUUGCUCAGCCAUCAACAAAUAAUCAUAUCCACCAAUAUCAACUAAUUCUUCUCCAUUCACCUUUAAGUCAACCACCAAUAGUCUCUUCUUUCUUCUCUUGCAUUUCAUUGAAAGUCAAAAUUUAAUGAUAAAAUAUAUGCAAUAUGAAACAUCAUGUCGAAGUCAUGAACAUUGUCGGAGAUUUUCUCUUUCUCCUCACACAAAAACUUAUAUCUACACCAUCAACAGUCUCUUCCUUCUUCUCAACAAUGUCGGUAUCUUCACCGUAUCCACUAUGUCUACUAUCAAUAGACUCUUUCUUCUUUUCUUGCAUUCCACCGAAAUAAAUAAAAAAUCUAAUGAUAAACGUCUAUAAAAAUGAAAACAUCAUUUUUAUGGAAGUAAAAAUUACACAGUCAGAGUCUUGAUUUACUCUUUGUCAUUCUUAUUUAUCUUUAAAAUUUGUAUAUUCACUAAUGAGGUUAGCGAUGUUUUAAUUAGUGAGUUUGUUGUCUAAUUCCAACUCUAUUUACUUAUUUUGUAGAAGAUAAGUAGGUGGAGGUACUCAAAUUCUACCACUAUCUUAGAUUAGCUUCUCGGCAGGCAUUACGGAAAAUCUAGCUCUUUAGUUAUCCAAAACCACAAAGUCAACUUCAAUAGCUUCUUUCCACCAUUCAGAGAUGGAUAUCGAAUAUGUAAAAUAACAACAAUUGAAAUUUAGGGAGACAAUGCUUCUUUUUUGAAUGAAUGAAUUUGGAGUUAAAAAGAAUGAAAGAGUAAAGAUAGAUUGUUAUCUACCUAUAUUUAACAUUGUUGUACAAUUCCUACUAAAGUGCCUAUCACUUUGACUUUUUGUGGAUAGGUUUUCGCAUAAAGCAUAUUGCUACCCAUUCCUAACUUUGACAACAUUAUAUUGUUCUAAAUAUUACAUAAAAGAUAGCACUUGAAUAUUAAUUAGUCGUAAAAUUGAAACUAAAUUUACCUUCUCUCCGUCCUUGAUUUUUAAUUCAUGAGCUCUUGCAUUGUUUUGGUGGUGGUUGGUAGAUGGGUUUGUUUUUUUACUCUCGCAGGAGGAGGUGGUAUUUUUGAAACGGCUAACUUAUAACACACAAUAAAUAACAUUGAUUCAAAUGCAUGUCCUGUCCACAAAGUAACCUUCACAAUCAGUCAUCUAUACCCAAAUUAUAUAUUAUACUUGGAAUUAAAAUGCACAUUGAAAGAAUUAGAAUAGAGAAGCUUUCGUGGAUCUUUUGCUAGUAACUUUUCCGAUAAAUCUAUUAAAUUUCAAUAAGUCCAAUCACUGAAUUUUUUGGCAUGCUUAAUGCAACUUACUAAUAUGUUUCUCUUGGAUUAUAAGUUAGUCAUCUUACUUUUGAAGUCUUGUAUAUAUAAGGGUAAAUACAAUAUAUUAACGAAAUCUCUCAAACUUUUCAAAUUAUUAGCCAAAAUUUUCAAAAUACAAAAUAUCAGCCAAAUGUUAACUUCCCGUAGUUAGCAGUUUGCUAGUAAUACUGACUUGGUAACAUUAUACUGAUUAUUAAGAAACUCAUGACGAUAAACAUUCCAAUAUUUUAGUAUUUUAACAAAGAAAAGAGUUACAAAACCACUAACGAUAACAUAUAAAUGGCUAAUAUUUUGUAUUUCGGGAGGUUUUGCUACUAAUUCAAAAAAUUGAAAGAUUUGACUAAUAAAUUGUAUUUAUUGACAAAAUAAGUUAUCUUAUAGACCAACAUAGACUUUAAUAAUAGAUAGAUCGAAAUCGAAUGUCAAACUAUUUAUAGGUCGGGGUAUUAAUAGGGUAGCCUAUUUAGUGAAUAUGAAGACUAUUUCAUUGUACCCGUCAAUGUGUCGUUUCUUUAAUUUUUUAUUUUGGCUUAAUUCCAUGAUGUAAUGAUUUCUUUUUCUAAUCAAUGCAAAUGAUUAUCUUUUGUAAAAAAAUAAAGAAGAAAACAAAUGUCAAACUAAUGGAUUGUACUGGGCAUAUUUAAUAUCAACUAUGCAUGUCAAAAGUUCUCCUUGAAGGCUUUUAGCGUGAUGUCAUCUUGAGCUAAUUAUGUCUGAUUCAUUUUGUUUAUUGGUUUUGUGAAUCAAUUUGAUAAACACAACGAAAAAAUAUAAAUUCACUUUAGUAUUAGGGUUUAGUCGAGAAUCAAUUUGCUACCUAAACCCAAAUAAGUUUCUUUAUUGGGUGAUAGUAAUUAUAUAUGGUGUCUUUUACGGAUUGAUUUGGGCCUAAAUUGAAGCUGUAAUUAGGAUUAAAUAAAAUGUAUAAAAACUCCUUCAAUGCUUGGGUGUUUGGGUCCUCAAAGAGAACCUCCAUAUAUUGUUUUGAGGAUGAGGACAGGGGCGGACCCAGGGUGGUUUAGGGUUGUCCCCGGACACCCCUAAAUUUUGAGAAAACGAUUAUCCAACCCCCAGUGGUAAUUUAUGUAUGGGCAAAAAAAAUAUAAUUGAUAGUGAGGGACACCCCUUAAAUUUGAAAAAAUGAUUAUCCUACUAUCAUUUGUGUAUAGGAAUAUAAGUGGUAGGUUGGAUAAUUCAAAUCUAGAAUACUAUUAUUAUUAAUAAACUUAAUUUCCGUUGAGCUAAACUCAUUUGUUGUUCGAUUUUGAAUAAUGUGUAAUAGUAAAAUGGCAUUCCCUAUCUCUAAUUAUUUUAAAAACCUAACAAUUAAACUAAUUUCAAACUACCCUUAAUUUCUAUUGAUUUUAUGAUUGUACGGCAAGUGUUGAAAGAAUCUUUCAACUUUGGGUCAUAUCAAGAACAAGUUUACAAAUUGAAUAUGCGAUAAGUUCGUGAAUGAUUGUCUAGUAGUGUAUAUAGAGACAAUUUUUUUAAUACUAUAAACACCAAGUGUAUUCUACAAUUAAUUUCGAAUAUGAAAACACAUCAUGAAUUUUUUUACCUGUACGAGUAAGGUAUUUUCAUAUUUACAAUUUUAUUUUUAUUUAAUUAAUUUUUUAAAAGAGGACACCCCUAUGAAAAAUUUCUGGGUCCGCCACUGGAUGAGGAUUGUGAUGAAUCAAAAUUUAAAUCAUGCCCUCUUACAUCUUACAUGCGAUCAUGCUCAUGUAUAAUGAUUGAGUUUUCCCCCAACAACUAAUGAUAAAAAGGACAAACUAAAAGCCAUGAUGUGCUCCAUCGUCGAAAUAUAUAGCUCCUGUAUUUAGAGAUGGCAAAAAUAUUCGUAUCCGUGGACAUCCGCCCGAAUCCGGCCUAAUCGGGUAGGGUAAAACCCGAACCCGAAGGAUAUUUAGUGGGUACGGGUAAAAUCCAAAUCCGAAUAUUGCGGGUAAUGGGUGGGCAUGGAUUUUUCACUAUCCAACCCGAACCCGCCCGAUUAUACACAUGCAUAUGUAUUUUGUCUAAAGAUAAUCAUUAUUUUUCUCUAACAUAUUUUAUAGGCAAAAUUCAUUUGUAUAGCCAAAACUUUGACAUUUGUGACAAUAAUAGCCACUUUUGGGGAAAUACCGAAAAUAGCCGAAAAUUUGAAAGUUUGAUGACAAUAAUAGCCAUUUCCGUUACAUAGUUUGACGGCGUCAUUGACACCGUUAAUCAAAUUAACAGAAUACCUACGUGGCUGCCAACUCAUCGGACACAUCAUCAACAACUUGCCACAUAGAUACCAUAUCAUAUGUUAAUUUUAAAAAUAAAUAAAAAUCACAAAUUACUUUCUCGUCCUCUCUCCUCUCACACCAUCGUCGGCGUCUUUUGCAGCUCCCCCGCCGUCAUAUGCAAUAACCCAGCAAAAACAAAAGCAAGCAUCCAACACCCGAUAUCCAAAAGUAGAGAUUUUCCCCCUAACUCUAGGGUUCUCGAUCUGCUACCCAAGCUCCCUAAUUAGUAGAUAUGUUCUGUUCUUCCUCACGACUGAAACUCAAGGGAGCUGUCCCCAAAUCAAUAGAUCUGUCUCGGGAAUCAUUGACCAGUGGGUUUAGCAGCCGAAAACCUCCGAUUCGGGAAUCGUUUCUCUUCACCGCCUGCGCCAUCCUGUUCGCUUCAUCUUGUCCGUGACCAAAAUCCAAAAUCGGAGAUCUGCACCGGGGAAGAGAGAGAUCUAAUAGAGAGGGCUUUCAUAUGAUUUGGGGAUUUUAAUUGAAAUCGCCGCCAAUAAGCUCAGCCAUCGAAGACGAAGAGAGAUGGAGAUGAAGACGAGUCGCUGGCGCCCAACACCUCACUCUCCCCCGUCGUUGCCUCGCCGAUCAAUAUGAUCUUCGAUCCCUCUUUUCUUUCCCAAAAAUCCCACCUCUCUCGUAAACCCCAGAUCCACGAGCUAGAAACCCCCUCUUGGCCUCUUCCAUCUACUUUUCACCACAAUAAUCACCUGGAGAUACAGCCGCUGCAUGCAAGCGAUUUUCUUCCACCGUGAUGGCAACCAGAUCUUCGGAGAAGAAAGCGGCGGAAUUUCACCGACAAUCAGAUACAAUCAAUUAUAUCUUUUUUUGAUGAUAAAGGCUCGUCGAUUAAUUGGUUCGUCGAUCGAUGGGAGAUACUGGAAUUUUCUUCUCGAAAUAUUAGGGGGCAGGGAGUGGGAAUGUCAAUGUGGGAACGGAGAAGAUGAAGAAGGAAAUUACGGACAAAUAUCUCUUUUUUAAUUCUUAGUUUUUUUAUAUUUUCUUAUGUAAUUAAUAAUUAAAAAGAUG